AUGACGAGAUUGGCGCUGCGGAAGCGGUUCACUUGCUUCCAGAAACUGCCGCUGGAAGUCAGGCUCCUGAUAUGGGAGGCAGCAUUGCCGGGACCAAGACUUGUGAGCAUAUGCCAAAGACGACUACGGAAGACAUUCCUAGAUUACAAGGAGGAGAAGGGGUACGAUUGGCCACCGAUGCAUGAUACUGAAUGGAAUGAGGAUGACGAGUUGAGCGAGGAGCAAGAGGAGGAGCGCAGAAAUGCACGCAGAGAUGUCUGUCUUGCGCUUGUCGACUGGUUCGAUGUAUACGACGACAUGAAUCUCUUCUGGCAAAUGAACUUGCUGUGUAUUGCCUCCAAUUGCUCUCCUCCGAACAUAACUUACGUCUGUCAUGAGGCCUAUCGGGUUGUUGCGAGAUAUUACACUAAAGCCUUUGCAUACCCAGACACGCUCCCAGGAGCUUACAUAAAUCUCGAUAACGAUAUACUCUACCUGCGCGAAGAAGACUUCUCCCUGAUGUCGACAUUUGAGGGGAGUUCAUUGAUAUUACAAGGGCUGAAGGGCCAUUUUGCCAUCACAGAUAUAGAAAGUCUUGAGAGAGUUCGGAGCUUGGCAGUAAAAGUCAGUGAACGAAAUCAGCCGCUGCCACAGGAGGAUUUUUUGUGCAAACUGUUGGAAAUCUUUAAAGGCGUCGAGGAAAUCUCAAUAGUGGCCAGAGACUAUAAUACCAUGGUCAUUCGGGACUACCCUCCAGAUCCGGCAGGGCAGGAAUGCCUCAUCGAUCCAGUAGAUGCUUCUGGGGCGAUCAGGGCAUACUCUACUAGUAGACAACGUCUUCUAGCAGGAUCCCUAGUAGAAGUCAAUCUUCCGUUACACUGGAGUGCUGAGUGGCUGAAGCAAUCAGCAGAGUUGGCCAAGCAGACAUGGGAAGCUAGUCGAGAGCCUGCGUCAUCCCGAAGAUUUCCAAACAUCCGAGUUGUAAAUAUCGUCCCUCAGCGUCUGAAACGGGAUCUGGAUCAAGCUAAAGCACUUUACGAGCAGGCUCUCGAGACCUACCGAAUCAACGAAGCUAUCCGCAAGAGCGAAGAGCUACAUGCAGCUGGAUUCUGUACUGAUGAUGCUCUUUCGGAUGAUGACUUCUAA